AUGCAGAUCUUUGUGAAGACCUUGACUGGCAAGACCAUCACCCUUGAGGUGGAGCCCAGUGACACCAUUGAAAAUGUGAAGGCUAAAAUUCAGGACAAGGAAGGCAUUCCUCCUGACCAACAGCGUCUGAUCUUUGCUGGUAAACAGUUGGAAGAUGGCCGCACCCUCUCUGACUAUAACAUUCAAAAAGAGUCCACCCUUCAUCUUGUCCUACGUCUUAGAGGAGGCAUGCAGAUUUUUGUGAAGACCUUGACUGGCAAGACCAUUACACUGGAGGUAGAGCCCAGUGAUACCAUUGAGAAUGUCAAGGCCAAGAUUCAGGACAAGGAAGGCAUUCCUCCUGACCAACAGCGUCUGAUCUUUGCUGGUAAGCAGCUGGAGGAUGGACGCACCCUCUCUGACUAUAACAUCCAAAAGGAGUCCACCCUGCAUCUUGUUCUUCGUCUUAGAGGAGGCAUGCAGAUCUUUGUGAAGACCUUGACUGGAAAAACAAUCACUCUAGAGGUAGAGCCCAGUGAUACCAUUGAGAAUGUCAAGGCCAAGAUUCAGGACAAGGAAGGCAUUCCUCCUGACCAACAGCGUCUGAUCUUUGCUGGUAAGCAGCUGGAGGAUGGACGCACCCUCUCUGACUAUAACAUCCAAAAGGAGUCCACCCUGCAUCUUGUACUUCGUCUUAGAGGAGGCAUGCAGAUCUUUGUGAAGACCUUGACUGGAAAAACAAUCACUUUAGAGGUAGAGCCCAGUGAUACCAUUGAGAAUGUCAAGGCCAAGAUUCAGGACAAGGAAGGCAUUCCUCCUGACCAACAGCGUCUGAUCUUUGCUGGUAAGCAGCUGGAGGAUGGACGCACCCUCUCUGACUAUAACAUUCAAAAAGAGUCCACCCUUCAUCUUGUCCUACGUCUUAGAGGAGGCAUGCAGAUUUUUGUGAAGACCUUGACUGGCAAGACCAUUACACUGGAGGUAGAGCCCAGUGAUACCAUUGAGAAUGUCAAGGCCAAGAUUCAGGAUAAGGAAGGCAUUCCUCCUGACCAACAGCGUCUGAUCUUUGCUGGUAAGCAGCUGGAGGAUGGACGCACCCUCUCUGACUAUAACAUCCAAAAGGAGUCCACCCUGCAUCUUGUUCUUCGUCUUAGAGGAGGCAUGCAGAUCUUUGUGAAGACCUUGACUGGAAAAACAAUCACUCUAGAGGUAGAGCCCAGUGAUACCAUUGAGAAUGUCAAGGCCAAGAUUCAGGACAAGGAAGGCAUUCCUCCUGACCAACAGCGUCUGAUCUUUGCUGGUAAGCAGCUGGAGGAUGGACGCACCCUGUCUGACUACAACAUCCAAAAGGAGUCCACCCUGCAUCUUGUUUUGCGUCUUCGUGGAGGAAACUAA